AUGUGCGAGAUUUGUGGAACGUAUGAAGUACAAUAUGACCAGAGCAGUACUGGCUCCAAGACGCAGGACUGCAAGUUCUGUGAUCGGUUCUUGAUUGAAUCCCCGGGAACAUUGUCUCGUUCACGGGAUAUUAGAGACCUUCGCAACCGCGUUGCAAUUGUUCUUAUCCAUCGCAAACGCCCCCUUGAAGCCUUGAAUUUUUGCCUUAGCUCUCUGGACCGUGCCAGCCCAGCGUGUUCCUCUCAUCCUAACUACAACCCCGACCUUGCCUUUCGAGAUCUCACUCAUUACAAGAAAUCCGACAUCGAUCCCAGUUCAGCACCGCCGCUCAACCUCCAGCCCUACAAGCACCCAGAGAUCCUUUACACCCUCACUCUCGCCUCCUUCAUUCUCUACGGCCCAAACAAAUUCAGCCUCUUCUGUCUUCGGCGCGCUUACCACUCAAACCCAUACAUCUACCAGUCAUUAUCCACCGGGACACUCAAUGUCCAGCGUCCCACGAACAAGGUGUAUCAGGAGCUAACUUCCUACCUCGUUUACAGGCGAGUUUGGGAUGUCCCGGGAGUAAAGGAGUGGCUAGUUGGGAGUGAGGAGGAGGCGAAGAGGAAGAUGUGUGAUGCCAUGGAAUGUGGAAAGGUUGAGGAGACAGUGGGCGCGCUGAGACUUUGUAACGGGUGCCGGGAGUGGUUAUAUUGCGGGACUGAGUGUCAGAAGAGGGAUUGGAAGGAGGGUGGGCAUAGGCAAGUGUGCAAAGAGGCUAAGAUAGUGGCGAUGAAGGAGAAGGAGAUUGAAGAUUUGUUGUGGGGCGCCACAGUGUAA